CAAACAUCUUGAUGUGAUAAUAAUGGCAUCGUCACCGCGGAUCGUCGUCUCGGCGAUCACGCAGCGUGUUUUAUCGCCAAGUCCGUCGAAGAAUUUUCUCAGUGUCAGACGAGCUUUGAGCCCAAAAACUCCUACGAAAGGUAAGAGUAGGCGUUUUUUGAGUAUUGAUACUCCAAAUCGUGUGAAAAUCGUCGAAGAUGGACCACCGAAGGUCGAGGAGAACAGCAUUAUUGGGUGCGGAGCGUUUGGGACAGUUUAUAGAGCUUCUUACAAAGGCAGUGAAGUAGCCGCUAAAAUCGUUAAACGUCGUAGAAACUCAGACGUAACGAUCAGAGCAGAGCGAAAUGCAGCGUCUCUAGCUCACUCCAACAUAAUUCGCAUCUUUGGCGUGGAGGAGGGAAAGAUCUGGUCACUGGUGACCAUGGAGUUGUGCGGCACUUCACUGCAGGACAAAUUAGAUGAGACGGGACUCGAUAGAACCGAGAGAAUCAAUACUUGGCUGGCUAUAUCGUGUGCCCUUGACUUUUGUCACAAUGCAGGUAUUGUUCAUGCAGAUGUCAAGCCGAAAAACGUAUUGAUUGCUGUCGACGGCCAGCCCAAACUCGCUGAUUUUGGUAACUCCAUUGUCAUUGGGGAGGAAUAUUCAGUGUCAACUUUACGUGGAACUCCAGGCUACGUAGCUCCAGAAAUAACUAAAGGAAGUCCCCCCAGUCCCAGUUCAGACAUUUACUCACUCGGAAUUCUCGCCUGGCAACUAUUGUCCCGAGAAUCUCCGUUCUCCACUUAUCACCCCCACACGAUUCUUUACCUCACAGGGAAAGGCUCCCGCCCUUCUGAUGAGGGUCUCGACGACGAGUGCAGUGGAAACUACAAGAGUCUAUACCGAGAGUUAUGGUCACAAUCCCCUGAAUGUCGUCCCCCACUAGGGGCAACAAUUGAUCGUCUGAAUGCCAUGUUAAAUACUUCAAAAAUAAUGUAAUUAGAAAAGACAAUGUUCUCGAUUUUGUUACAAUACAAUAAUAAUGGACUUAUUAUCA